CAGAAGAUGGCAGCAAUGCGAGCAGGCAGCUGUUAAACAUUUGAGGAGGAGAAGAAGAAGAUGGUGGAGUCAGAAACAGGACGUUGCGUCUAAUGUGAAAACCUGCAGAUUGCUGAACAUGAAUAAACCUGUUUAGGUUCUGACACAACCUAAAUAACAGGCUGUCUGUCUGACCUCCAUAUCUGCUGAGAGCACGGACAGCUGGACUUGAAUUGGGUUCAUCAGGCUCACUGAAGUUCUUCCCUGCAUCCACUCAUCAUGGUGGACUACUACCAGGUUUUAGGAGUUCGGAGAGAUUCGUCCGCAGAGGACAUAAAGAAAGCCUACAGAAAGCUGGCGUUGAGGUGGCACCCUGAUAAAAACCCAGAGAACAAGGAGGAGGCUGAGAAGAAGUUUAAGGAGCUGUCAGAGGCAUAUGAAGUUCUGUCUGAUGCCAACAAGAGGAGCAUAUAUGAUCGCUAUGGCAAAGAGGGACUGACAGGGAACAAUGGAGGAAGAGGGGGCCAUUUCCACAACGGAGAUCAUUUCCAUGAACCAUUCACAUUCCGCAACCCAGACGACGUCUUCAGGGAAUUCUUUGGAGGCAGUGACCCAUUUGCAGACUUUUUUGGUGCAGAUCCAUUUAGUGAUGAUCCAUUUUUUGGCAGUGGCCGGCGGCACCAAAGUCGGGCAAACCGCAGCCACCGGACAGGUGGCUCAUUUUUCGGGGGCUUUGUUGGUUUUCCUCCCUUUGGUGCUGGCUUCACACCUUUUGACCCAGGCUUUGGUUCUUUUGGCUCUAUGAGCACCAUGGGUCAUAUGGGUCACAUGGGUCACAUGACAACCAUGGGCAGUCUGGGAGGUGGAGGCUUCACUUCUUUUUCCUCCACUUCCUUUGGAGGAGGAGGAGGUGGAGGAGGAAUGGGCAACUUCCGUUCUGUGUCCACCUCCACCAAGAUCAUCAAUGGCAGGAAGAUCACUACUAAAAGAAUUGUGGAGAAUGGUCAGGAGCGGGUGGAGGUGGAGGAGGAUGGGCAGCUUCGGUCAUUAACCAUUAACGGUAAAGAGCAGCUGCUGCGACUGGAACACAAGUAAAGACAGAAGCAUCAUCUGCUGGAGAAGUGUUACCUCAGCACAAACAUACCAACAAACUUGAGCUCCAAACAGAAGGAGAAAAAAAGCAACAAAACAAUGUAAUAAUAGUGCUCUACUGUUGUUUGGAUGUACAUACUUAGGUUGUGUUUAUUUCCCCUCAUGUCCUCUCCCUGCUGACUCUCAUUUGUUAACCAAUGAUUCAAAUCAGACGAUUUGGAUGCAGACUUUUCUAUGCAUUUUGUUAAUGUAUUUCUGAAUUGGAGCUGUCCUUAUAUUUUGGCUCAGGGUGGUGUUAUUGUUUCAGUGUUUGGGACCACAGUAUUGUUCUAAUGUAUAUGACCAGAAUCCUCCCUUCCUCCCCUCCUUAUUCUUUCUUUAUGUGCUCCACUGUGUGUCGGUCUUUGUGCAGACAGCACACACACUGUGUUCAGAAAACAAAGCAUGACUUUGCUUUUUCAUCUGAAUAGUGAAAAAAACAAAAAGUGUUGAAUUUGAUUUUAAAAAGUGGGUAGGAAUAACUGAAGCAUCUUCCCCCUCUCUAUUUACUGCUUGUCUAACCUCUUCUUAGUAAUAAUUCUUUUUUAUUAAAAAAAAUGCUGGUAGGAUGAGUUAUGCAAUUUUAUAUGUUCUAAUACCAAUGUGUUUUCUGUUUAUUUAAUUAUGCAUGUACACCUUAUGAUGUUGAGUCUUAAUGUUACAGCUGCAUUAUGAUGCACAAUUAAUGGAAGGCAUUCUAUAAAUGAUAUAUGGAUAUAGAAGGAAUUUUGUGUACUUUGUAAACCAAUAAAUCUGAGCUUCAUCCUGUUUUCAGGAUGCUAAAAUCUG